CAGAGGAGAGAAGAGCGCAGCCGCGUCACCAUGUCGCCUUCAGCCUGAACUUUCUUUCCGCGUCCGCAGGAGUUUUGAUUCCCAGUUUGAUCCAGUUUUUCCUCCUCCGCGCAGCCGCGUGAUGCCCGCCGGGAUGUUUAGCAUCGACAGCAUCCUGUCCGGACGGCCGAACUGUAAGGAGCCGCUGCUGCUGCACCGGAGCGGCCCCGUGGUGCUUCCCGCCGGCCUCACGGACACCAUCUACACCGACUACAGCGGACUGUAUUCGGCUGCCCGCGGACCGUCCCCGCCGGGGGUCCACGCUUUGAGCGGGGCAAGGAUCGGAUAUAACGGCUACUACUACGGACAGCUGCAGGUCCAGGGGCCCGGAGGAGGUCCGCCUUGCUGCGGGGCCGUGCCCGGCCUCAGUCCGCAGCAGUGCCCCUGCUUCCCCACAGGCUACGACAGCCCGGCCUCGGUGCUCCUGUCCCCGGUUCCUCAUCACAUGAUGUCCUACAUGAACAUGGGCAGCCUGUCGCGGACCGAGCUGCAGCUCCUCAACCAGCUGCACUGCCGCAGAAAGCGCAGGCAUCGAACCAUCUUCACCGACGAGCAGCUAGAGGCUCUUGAGGGCCUCUUCCAGGAGACCAAGUACCCGGACGUGGGGACGCGGGAGCAGCUGGCCCGGAAAGUUCACCUGCGGGAGGAGAAGGUCGAGGUGUGGUUCAAGAACCGUCGCGCCAAGUGGAGGCGGCAGAAGCGCUCCUCCUCGGAGGAGUCGGAGAACUCUCAGAAAUGGAGCAAAAAAGCGGAGAAAACGGACGGGACUAAAAGCGACGCGGACUCUGACAGCUGAUGGAGACGGGGACGCGCGUGAUGUAAUGUUGCACAGGUGUACAUAUCGUUUUUGUUAUUGUCUCUGUGACGCUUAUUUAUGUUUAAUUUAAAACUCUUUUUAUGUCGUAGCUCAAAACGCGCGCGCGCACUCACGGUGCACCACGUGACCGUCUGUGGAUGUUAAUUGUUGGUGCACGUGCACGCUCUCGUGUGUAAUUAAUUAGAAAUAAAGUGACAUGAUUAAAAUGUCAGCGGCAGACCGCGCCCUGCGCGCACACGAUGCGCGCUCACAGCGCUGGGCCUCUGGCCGAAACUGUAGAAAUCAGAAGUUUGAAUUUGGAUUUUACUGAAGGCAAAAUGAUACAUGAUCCAUUUUUAAAGCGGAACCUGUUUGGGUUUCUGACAAAUUUCACUGAGCAAAUUAAAAUGACCAACAUGCUGGAACAAAAAUGUGUUUUUAUCUCCAAACCGAAAAGAUGUAAAUUAAAUUUACAGGAACAGCAGCAGAAAGGAAGCUCAUCUGAAGCUGAUUUGUGUUUCAGGGUGUAAAAACGUAUUUUCUUUUAUUUAUCUGGUCUUGUAAAUAUGAUUAUUAUAAUAAAUCUUAUUUAAUCUCUCAGUUAGAGUGUAAAAUAUCAUAAUUUUUGUCAUGAAAAAUUUUGCAAAAAUAAAUUCCUGCACAUCAGUUUUCAGAAAUUAAAACUUGGUUUCAAGUGUUGGCAAAAGAGCAUCUUUGUAACUGGAUAUGAGUGUCUUAUUGUAUCUGUGAAAGGUGUGAAUAAAUAUAAUUUUAUGUAAAUAUGAAACCAGAUAAAUAAAAACCUCUGUGAGGUACAAAUCAAUCUCAAGGCAAAAUGAGCCAAACUGGAAUAGAAAAUUACUUUUCAUUGUUUUGCAAGAGAAACAAGAUGCAGGUUAAAGCUCUAAAACCUGAUUCAAAACAACGUGUUUGCAGGUGGAUAUGUUUGUCAAACAUUCAGCAUUAAAUCAAAUAUGAAAAAAGAACUAAGUUAAAUCUGAAUAAAAAAUAUAAGCGCAAUAUAA